UACUUCUCGGCAUGUGCCAACACCACAUCGACCUGUACUAGUAAUUGUAGAACUACAACAGUUCUCAGCCUUCUUCAAGUUCGCCGCAGUCUUCAGUCGACGCGCAUCUACUUGGAUACCCUAAGACGUCUUUGCCGUCUUUUCUCGCCAAGAUGCUUCGACCUUUCAGCGCUUCCCCUCCAACAUGAAGCCUGACGUGCCGCCGUCGUACGAAAGUGCAGUUAGCCGUGAGACUUGGUCCAUUAUCGCGCCCUGGAUUCCUUCGAGCGAUCUGUGCUCGGCUUGCCUGGUGUCGCGGAAAUGGUACUCGAUAUUUGUUCCCUUCCUCUGGGGAGACCCCGCGUCUCAUUUUGGCAUCGCCAAUGACGCCGUUUACGUCGCCCUGACCCGAUUCAAGCGGACUCUGCGCAAAGCGAGACUCAGCGUGCGCAGUCUCACUCAUACUCUACACCUCCCACCCGCACUGAGCGAGAUUUAUGGCGGGCCCAAUCCGACGUGGCUGCGCGAUGUCCUCGAAUACCUUCCGAACUUGCAGAGCCUCAUUGUCACCAAGUUACCUUUCUUCGACCACCAUAGUCUCAAUGCUCUGAAGACGACAACCAUUGGGAGGAAACUGUCAAAUGGUGAAGAGAACACAUUGCCUAGCUUCGGGCUGAAACUACUGCUGGCAUCCAGCGAGCCGAACACCACGUCAGUCUCUUUGGCCAAUGCACUACCAAGGUUUUCCAGUCUUGUUUACCUUGACUUGUCAUACACAUCACCGGCCAGAGAUGCGGCAGUUCUAGCAGCCCUGUCCUUUUUGUCGGAUCUGCAAGUGCUUAAGCUGCGCGGUGUCGGUCUUCGAGAUGGAGAGGCCGAGGUGCUGGCAAACGCCAUUGGCAUUCGUGUCCGGCUAUUGGAUCUGCGAGACAAUCUUCUGACCGACAUGGCUGUCCGGUCAUUGAUGCAGGCAUGUUUUCUGCCUCCUGAUGCGCCUCAAUUAGGCUCUCUCAAUGUAGAAGAUUGGCCUGUAGGCAUGGCUCCCGGGCCGGACUUUUUCAGCCUCGAUACACUCCGAAGUGAAGAACUUGAUCGUGAGCUCCUCAAGCAAUUGACGAAUCCGCUGACCGGCAGGUUGGCGUUUGAGGACAUUCCGCACCGUGGCCUGACCCAUCUAUAUAUCUCAGGGAAUAAUCUUUCCGUGGAAGGGUUAUCCAGCCUCUUGAAGUCAGAGCGCCUCCACAUUUUCGACGGCGGGUCCGUCGACACGGUCAAGAUUAUUUCGAGGACAAAAUCUCUCUCGUCUGCGACUGGAUAUAUUGACGAAGUCCGUUUUCCGGGGGCUGAGAAGCUGGUUCCGGUCCUUGCGCAUCAUGCGAGGAAAAACCUCACCUAUCUACGUGUUGACCACGCACUGGUCACGUCAAAAGUAGAUAUCACAGCAGAGGCUGCGAAACCCAUGGCACCAUCGACCGAAUUGGCCGGCUCGCAACCGCUUGCUUCUGAGCUACCAGCAGACAGAGUGAUGGUGGAGGCACCCUCUUCAGAUCGCUACCCAGUAGAGCUGCCAGGCUCUAAUGGACCUAUUUUCGAACUGGACGCUACCCCAGCGCCGCCGAGGGCUGAGCUAAUUGGCGACGUGAUGUAUUUUGCCGUUAGCCCUCCCAUUGGAGACAAGCCGGAAGAGUCCAGCGAAAAGCCUGCGGAGGUUCAGAGUCCCAUCAGAGGUGAAGGGGCUUAUGCUCCAGAGCUGGUUGAUCAGAACCCAUCAACGAUGGAUUCUGGACAUGAUGAUCACGUUACUGUGACCGACUCGGAAAUCUCAGAUGAGACGGGUACUCACAGUACGAACAAAUCCCUGUUCUCUCCGGUCUCUCCCAUGACACCGCACUCGCACGGUACCAUGGGCUUUCAACCAUUGAUAUCUCCGUCUCAGUCAAAGCUCGGGUCUCCUAGUCAAUCAAGGUCCAACCCUCCGCCAACGUCCAGUUUGCCUACACCUUUGACUUCGGAGCCAUUGCCUCCCGCCCAGCCGCCUCCCACAAUUCCUCCCCCGGCUACCCCAACUCAACAUCGUCAUGCCCGUAUAGAAGCGCUCCUCGCCAAACGACCUGCAGGCUUGUCGUCCGAGGCCUUGAAGCCAGCAACACCGAUUCCCAGAUCAAUAGCUUUCAAUUUAAAGGCACUACAUCCUUGCCUGCUCCCGAACCUGAGGACGCUGAUACUUACCAAUGUUCCUACAACCGUGCCCAAGUCGUCAAAGCUCAUCGAUGCCCUGAAAGCUUUUAUAUCUGCCUGUGCCGACGAGUCGGCCCUUUCGCGCCUCUUAGCCAAGGCCGACUACUCGCUUCCUCCUGGCCGAGCCCGACAUAUCGCCGAGCUUGAGCAAGCGCGGUCGCUUUUUGCCCUCCGCACCAUCGUCCUAGAGAUGGAGCAGCAAGGCACAGGCACAGGAAAAGUCAAUGGCCAACGAGCCUGGCAACACUCCCGCCAACAUCUCAGCAUGAGUAAAUCCUCGACAGGAGACCGCGACAGCGAGAACCUUUGGUCUGCCGCCGAGAACGACUUUAGUUUCUUCGGCGAAGAAGGCGAGGAGCAGGAUGAAUGCGGUAUUUAUCAGCACGACCCGGAGAAAUACUUUCCCACGGCGCACUUUGACGACAAGAUUCUGUUGACGGCGGAUGAUGCCGACAGUGGUGGCUCUACCAGUCCUCAUAGCAGUGUGUUUGGGGGUCACGGCGGCGGCACGCUGUCCCCCUUUUCGAUGAAUUAUGCCGCCGGCUCUUCUGGUGUGUUGGGAAGUCCCCGGAAUUUGCCUCUCGGUCGGAACCGACGGAGCUCAAAUGAAGCACAACGAGGGAAUCAGAGUCCUGUUCUUGCCGAGGCCCCAGGAAGUGCUGGCUCGCUGCAAUCACAAAGACGUCCUCCGACAUCACAUUCAAUGCAGCAGCAGGCCGAAGAGACUACCGAGGAACCAACAGUCGACGUGAUCGCCGAGCUUGCCGCCUGGAGAAAAGAACGCAAAAAGGCAUACGAAGAUGAACUGGCGCGGUCAAAGAAGAUGAACAACCGUGCCGGAACUAAUUUCUUGACAAAUGGGAGACUCGGAGUGAACGGUGUGCAAGAGGAACCGCGAGGCUACGGAUACGGAUUCGAUUCGCAUGCCUCCAAUGCUUGCGUCUCCAAUCCUCCCCCUAUGUCAUCAUCGACUUCAAAUUCUACUGCCGAUCCGUGCUCCGACCUCGAUAUGAAAUUCGUCCCGGGCCACUGGACGGGCGAGAUCAAGGUCAUUCGAAACCCAGACCCGAAAGGUCGCACGGGGGUCGUGGACAUGUAUGGGAAUUACUUUGAAAAGGGGUAUUUAUAUCCUUGAGCAAAGCGAGGUUUGUAUUUACGUUUGCAUUAUCGACAUUAUGGAAUUGCGAUGCCCUUAUGCCUUUCUUGUACCCUUUCGCCUUCUGUUGUUGUGUUUAUAUACAUCUACGAUUUAAUGAAUGAUAGUUAAAAAACAUAAUGAUUGAUCACGAUCACGAUCCGAUCUACUCUGAUCUUCGCUGGUCGAGUUGUAACACCUAAGUAAAUACCAAUUAAUGAGAAUUACUUUGAGACAAGAUUAA